AUGAUAUUUCUUAAUGCAAUUAAUACCUCAGAAGACGAUAAUAUUAUCUUAAAAACUACAUAUAUAAAGAAUUCAGGAAAUGAAAAAUGGAACGAAACAAAUUUCCCGACGAUUGAGGCCCAACGAUUGUUCCCAUAUUGGGACAAGCCAAUAAGAGCCACUUUCGACGUUUCCAUAAAGCAUCACUGCAAUUAUUCAGUUUUCUCAAAUAUGCCGAUACGACAAGAGAAAAUAUACAAACAUAAAUUAAAUAAUACAGAAAUAUGUAUGCAAUGGACAUACUUCGACACCACUCCUUCUAUAUCUGCUCAUCUCGUGAUGGUUAUGAUUUCAUCGAUGCAUUUCUAUCCCAAUAAUGGCAUAGAUAAGGAUUACUUCUGGCGCAAUCCAGACUCAGAGCAUGUACAAUUUGCGGAAAGAGUUUCAAACAAAAUCAUAAUGAAGUUGAAAUUUGAAUGGUUUAAACUUCUGAAGAAAGUGAAGGUUCCGAAACUGCAACUUGUCGCAAUCCCAGGUUUUCGAAAUGAUAUUAAUAUGAACUUCGGUUUCGUCGCAAUAAGAGAAACAAGUGUUAUUUACAAUGAAAAUCUACAUUCUGUUGCGCAUAAAAUUGAAGUGGCACAAUUGAUAGCGCGUGGAAUAACAUAUCAAUGGUUCGGUAAUUUAAUUAAUCUACCUUGGGGGUCUGAUUUAUGGUUAAGCGAUGGUCUUACAACAUUUUUCGGAAUAGAUGUUGUGAAUGCCGUUAAUGCUCUCGAGCAUUACAAAAGUUCGAAGAUAUUGGAUUUAUUCAUAGUUCAGACUCAAUAUGAAUCUCUCCAGUUGGAUGAUUAUAAUCUUACGCAGCCUCUUAUAUCAGAAGCCAGCAAUCUUUCUGAAAUUAAUUCACUUUCCUCUUAUUCCCGUUACAUUAAAGCACCUUUAAUAUUGUACAUGAUGCAAUAUUUGGUUACUAAGGAAGUGUUUUGGAAAGUUGUCUACCGAUAUUUAAAUAUGCGUGCGUUUAAUUCGACUGCUGAUGAUUUCUGGACUGUUAUGGAAGAUACUGUAAAUGAAUUAAAUGACUUAAAUCUCGAGGUACCCACACUUCCUUCCACAAAUCCAAUAAGGGUUUGGACAAAAUUUGUGAAUUAUCCUAUAUUGAAAAUAAUGCGAAAUUAUUCUGCAAAAAAAAUGAAUAUAACAAUAGAAAAUCACGAUCUUUUUGCGAAAGACGAGCAAUGGAUACCUGUAACGUUUACUAUGCAGAGUAAUCUUAAUUUUAUGAAUUUUGCUUCUCCGCUUUAUGAUAAGAGAUUAAUACUUAUAUCACCAUCGUUUAGUGAAGAAGUUGAUAUAAUAGAAGAUGGUUGGGUGAUAUUUAAUUUACAACAAGCUGGAUACUAUCGUGUUAAUUACGAUCCUGAAAACUGGCAAAGAAUUGCAAAAUAUUUGAACUCUGGAGAAUAUACAAAAGUACAUGUUCUCAAUCGUGCUAAAAUCAUCGACGAUGCAUUUCAUUUUAUGAUAAUACAAAAACUCGAUCCUUCCAUAUUCUGGAAUUUGUCGAGCUAUCUUGCACAAGAGACAAAUUAUAUAGCAUGCUCUGUGCACAUAAACUUAUUUCACUAUGAAAGUCUCGAUCGCUUCGGCUUCUUGAUUCGCGAAGUAAAGUAA